AUGCUCCGUGCUCUCCGAUCUUCUUUCUUUGGUCGAAGAGAAGCCAUGGAUCCUCUAAUAGCAGUUGUUGGCGCCACUGGCACGGGAAAAUCCAAGCUCGCCGUGGACUUGGCAUGUAGAUUCAAUGGCGAAAUCAUUAAUGGCGAUGCGAUGCAAAUGUACCGCGGCCUUCCGAUCAUUACGAACCAAAUUCCAAUUGACGAACGAUGCGGCAUUCCACAUCACCUGCUGAGCUGUGUUGACCUGGAGGCGGAGCCUUGGCGCAUCGCACAUUUCAAAAGAGAAGCCUUGCGCCUCAUUGACGAUAUCCGGUCACGCGGAAAAACCCCUGUCCUGGUCGGAGGUACCCAUUACUAUACACAGGCGGUGCUAUUUAAGGACCAGCUGGUCGGCGAGGGGAAGGACGAGGGGGAAUCAGAUGGCGAAGAGACGCCGAAGCCCUUGGAAGAAGUGAUCUCGACAUCAGAAAAAUGGCCAAUCCUUGAUGCAUCCCCUGAAGUUCUCAUGGAAAAACUGCGCGAGGUGGAUCCCGUUAUGGCAGCGAAGUGGCACCCGAGGGAUGGACGCAAGAUCCGGCGGUCCCUUGAGAUCUACCUCCAGACGGGGCGACCUGCAUCAGAAAUUUACGCGGAACAAAAAGAACUGAAGGCUCAGGCCAUGGCAAAGGGUGCAGGCACUCUACGCUCCAGCAACACCAUGAUUUUCUGGGUUCAUGCGGAAAAGGAAGUCCUUGAUGGGCGCCUUGAUUCGCGUGUCGAUACCAUGGUAGAGCAGGGAUUGAUGACUGAGGCUCAAACCAUGUGGGAGUAUCUCAAGAGCAAAGAAUCACAGGGGAUCGAGGUCGACCAGACGCGCGGUGUGUGGGUGUCUAUCGGAUUCAAAGAACUGGCAUCGUACUUUGCUGCCAUUGAACAAGCCGAGUCCAGUGAAGCGGAGCUCGAGAAGCUCAAACAUAGCUGUCUUGAAUUGAUCAGGAUCGCCACCCGUCAGUAUGGAACGUCUCAGGUGAAGUGGAUUCGCAACAAGUUAUGGCGGGCCCUCUCUGACGUGGGCAUGGCAGGCCGCCUGUACCUUCUCGACAGUAGCGAUGUCAGCAAAUGGAAAGAAAACAUCACAGGCCCAUCGGAAGAGCUCUUUGCGGCUAUGCUUCGCGGGGAGCCGACUCCUGAUCCCAAAUCGCUGUCUCAACUAGCGAAUCAAGUGUUCGGUGCCAAGGAGACAAAAGCGCUUACGGUGUCAACAGACAUGACAUGCUAUACCUGUGACCAGUGCCAAAAGACCAUGGCAGGGGAGGAGCAAUGGAAUAUCCACCUCAAGAGCAAAGCCCACAAGCGAGCCUUGAAAAAAGGGAACGGCCGUGAGGAGUAUCUUCGGAAACGACAAAUGGAAUCCCAGCAAGCAUUAUCAAAGGAUGAUAUCGCCUCUUCAUCUCUCUCUUGA